GCUAAAACCUGCUCUCCGUGUGAAGUGACGCUCCUGUGGGUGCGGACUUUGCUAUUCUAAUUCACUGUGACCUUCUCGCUGCGGAUCGUUGCGACCUGACGGUCGCCGUCGCCGCCGAGAGUUGACAUUGAAGCUUGCGUGCCCGUCUCCGAUAGCUCUCCCUAUCGUUUGCGUGUUCUUUUUAUAAAAACAGGCUCGUGCGCCUGUCUGCUCCCUCUCCUUUAAGGCCGGAGGUAGGUUUCGGGCCUGAGAAGAAAAUCAUCUGUGCACAUCGCAUCAAGAAGACAUCACAUGGCGCUAAAGGUGGGCUUGCUCCUCAUGUUGGCUAUCUACGUCGCAUCAUCGGCAGAAGGCGUGGUUGAAGAUGCACCCGUGGUCCGAACCACGGCCGGUGACAUUGUGGGCAAAAGACUGCGCGCCAACGGCCGAGACGUCGAUGCCUAUCUGGGCAUUCCUUACGGUCAACCUCCGGUCGGUGAGCGAAGAUUUAUGAAACCGCUGCCCGCGGCUCCGUGGAGCGGCGUGUUCCGAGCGGACACCAUGAACCCAGGCUGCGUUCAAACGGACUUCGUUGUCACGGAGGGUGUCAAGAUUGACGCGUCGAACACUGUCGAAGAUUGCCUCAGGCUUAACGUGUGGCGACCCAGGGGUGACUGUGACGGCAAAAGCGAAAACGCCACCACCACUAGUUCUUGCAAGAAUGCCCUUCCAGUGUUUGUAUACAUCUAUGGAGGUCUUUUCUCUUGGGGAUCAAGUUCUCUGUUUCUCUACGACGGACUUGAGUUCGCCGCACGUGCCGACGUCAUUUUCGUGAGCUUGAACUACAGGCUUGGCCCGCUAGGUUUCCUCAAUGCUUCAGUGCCUGGAGCAGAAGGUAACAUGGGUUUGUACGACCAGCUGGAGGCUCUUCGUUGGGUGCAUAAUAACUUGCGCGCGUUCGGUGGUGAUCCCGGUGCGGUUACCCUGGCAGGACAGAGCGCUGGCGCUGUCUCUGUUUCGUACCACGCGAUAUCCGAGUUGAGUCGAGGUCUUUUUCAGCGGGCUGUGCUCCUAAGUGGCACUCCGUCCACCCUCGCCUUUGCUGAUAAAGUUGACCAGCAUGAAAACUUUCAAGCAAUCUCUGCGGCAAUGAAUUGUACAAAUUUCUAUCUCACUGGCAAAGAGAAGAUUGAUGCUUCUUUGGACUGCCUUCGGAAGGUAGACGCUCAGCAACUGGUUCACGACGUUGAGAGUAGCAUGACCUAUCGGUACAUCACUAUUCUUCCUGGCUACGGCGACUCGUUUCUUCCUCACAGCCCUAUUGAUCUCGAUAAGGCCAAGAUUCAUGUGAAAGACAUCUUUUUCGGCACCACGCCGGACGAUGGCGCAGUGAUUGUUAGUGCCAUGUUCGCCAAGUUAAAGGGGCUCAAAGGCGCCAUCGAUGGCCGUACUUUACUCAGGGUCUUUCUACGCAACUUUUUCAGUAUCAGUUCGUCCAAUAGCUUGCAGUUCGAGAAUGCAUACUUCAGCAGUGCCCCGGAACUUUCUGAAGUGGAGGUCCUCAAAGCAUUGUCUGCAGUAAUUACGGACCUGUUCUUCAUCUGCGCUGAGGACUUGUUCGCGCUGGCAGCUCUAAGGGAAAAUGUGUCCCUCUUUCGUUAUGUGUUCAACCACAGGCCAUCCUACAGCUUCUGGGGAGAUUGGGUGACCGUGACCCACAACGACGACUUUCCAUUUUUCUUGGGUACUUUGAGAGUGGACAACCAAACACUGCAAAAUCAGAAUGACUCCUUCGGUGAACUGUUGCGAAGAAAGCCUCUGUCGACACCCGAGGAACUGACGUUUUCUGACGAGCUCAUCAAAGCACUGGCUGAAUUCUCCUGGACUGGAAAACCAAAGAUCCCAAAGAGUGACAUGGAGUGGCCCAAGUACACCAAAGAGAACAAGGCGUACGUCAUACUCAAGCCGAAUGACUACAGCGUUGCGUACGGACCCAGAUCCAAGAAAUGCCACCUCUGGGAGCCAUACCUUAUCAAGAAGCAAUCAGCACCCACGACGCCAGCUCCCAAGCAAAAGCCGACGCCCAAGCGGGUCCCAGAGAAGCGUCCUGGCAAGCCAUUGCGACCGCUCGACAACUUCGUCGAGUCUUCGGCCUCCACGGGUCCGCUCUCAUCGGCCACCGCUCUGGCGUCGAUGCUUUUCGCCAUCGCCUUCCAUCGGACGUGAGAAGAAGGAGUGUCGUGGUCCGGAAAACGCGAACUGGUGUUCCCUCUGGGCUUCGUGGUGGUUCAAUUUCUGCUGGACGUGGAAGCGCUCGCUUUUUUUCACCGGCGUUGCAAGGACACCGCUUGGGUGUUUCUGCACCCUGUCACGGCGCUAGGCUACCUGAGCUGUGUCUGCAGAAAAACAUUUCGUGACAGCCGCGAGAGAACUUUCGGGAGAUACUUGUGCAAAUGGUGAUUAGAGACUUGAUAAGAUACGUUCGAUCUUAGUUUUGUUGGCGAAAAAGUGACUUAGUUUGGACCAGGUCGAGAAGGUGUUGGAAUGAAAAUGGUCACGGUAUGACAGUAGUAGGUCUGUUGCAUUGGAAGCGUUGUGCCAUACGUAACCGAAAGAAAAAGACAACAAGGUGGUGAAAGGCAGUGUGCAAAUAUUUCUUUUGUGAGACACCUUAAUUUUAUAGCACAGCUCAGGAGGUAAACCUUUGCAGGUAUGUGGCUUGUAUGCUUACUCUUAUUGUUUAUAAACAGUGACACCCUUACUGUUGCACUGGCUGCGUGUUCGAUAAUUUUUCAUUUACAGCCUUAUAUUUUUGUUAAACCAAUAUACAGCUAUUCGAUUACAGAAAUAUCCAUUAAAGCAUGUGACAUGCCCGUAGCGCCUAUAUUAGGUAUCUGUUCAUCUUGCUGUCGUUCGAAAUGUUCAUCUGGCUGCAACAUAAUCUGAAUUUAAACACAAUAUUUAUUUCGACGAUUCAGUAGCACAACUUCGGUAACAUAUUAUGUAGUCUUUAAUUAUUUUACUGCGUCAGCUUUUAAUUCAAAUGUAGAUGGUCAAUUUUUUUUUUCAUGGGCUCAGGUUAUGGGUUGACAGCUCUUCGUUGGAAAACAGCAUAGAGCUCUGGAAAGUUGCUGAACUGUUUGAAAGUCAGGAAAACGCACCAGCAAGGCUAAUUGAUUAUGUAAUCAUUAGAUGUGAGGUAACCAAGAGCUCACAACAGGCAUUCUGAAAUGUGAAAUUUUUAACUAAUGAAGCUGUGGGUACUUGUGGCCAUGGUAGUUCACCUUCUUUGUUUUUAUUAGGUUCAGAUCAUCGUAGGCGAGUGUUCGGGGGCAAGCCCGUGUUUAAUAGCAGGGGGUUCCACAGCUUAGUACAUUUUAGCUUUCACAACGCUGGAUGCUUGGAGUGUUAACUGCAGCCUGUUGUCAGCGUUAUCUGGAAUCCUAGUUGUGUGCGAUAAGCCAAAGCACCAAAUGUUUCAUCAGAUGUGUUUGUUCGUAGUGUUCGCUUGUAAAUAUCAUAUUUUGUAUCAUCGCAAUAUCUUGUUAUGCGUGAUAUGCGUAUCUCGUGUGCGUGCGUUUGUACCUACCCUAUAGAUUAAAAAAAAAGGCUGAUCAAUGAUAAUUUCGUAAGCCAUUUCAUACCAAUGAGCGAACGAUAUUUCAUUAUUUUUAUUGUGUGUAUGGUAUCUGUGUGUAUGAGAUUACGAUAUCUAUUUUGAAUAAAAUGCUAGAAAAAAACA